AUGCUUCGCCAAUUCACCGCUGCUGGCCGCCCGGCGACUCUGCGCACCACUGCCCGGACCUUUGCCACCAGCGCCAUUCGCAUGGGCGAGGGCGACACCGGCGCACCGCGCCCUACUGCCGAUGCCUUCACCCGCCGCGAGAAGGCCGCCGAAGACUAUGCCAUCCGCCAGCGUGAGAAGGAGAAGCUCCUGCAGCUGAGACAGAAGCUCAAGGAGCAGCAGGCCCACCUGGACCAGCUCGCCCAGCACAUCGACGAGCUCACCCGUGAGCAGGGCGGCGAGAAGAACUAA